AAGACUGACUUGGCAUCUCUCGUUUAAAAUUUUCAGCAAAUCUCUUUACGAGUACUCCAAGGACUUCAUUGUGUCACUUGUCCUGGGAAAGGAUGUGAUUCCCAGGUUAAGUGUGACCAACUUGGAAGAUCUGAAGAAAAGGAUCUUGCGAGUGAUUGCUCACUCUAAUAAGCCUAAGUACAAGAUCUUGCUUCAAGGCUGCUGGUACGAACUGUUUGGAGGGAACCCUGAUAACUUCCCAACCGAACUGGAUGGGGGUGACCAGGGAGACCUGACACAGCCUCUUCUUGGGGAGCAGAGUCUGCUGACACACUGGUCCCCAGCAUACAGCUCCUCCAGUGAUUCCCCACUUGACUCUUCACCCAAGUACCCGCCUCUGUAUCCUCCUGGCAGGAUCAUCCACCUGGAGGAAGAGGGCAACUCAGGGAGGUUUGGCUGCUGGGCUGCUGCUCGGUAUAGAGCAAGGUGGUCACAUGAAGCAGAAUUCAGCAAAAUACUCAUAGGCCCAAAGAUGCUGACAGACCACAUGCCAGACAUCCUGAUGAGAGCCUUGGACAGCAUGGUGGCUGACAGAGCAGCCUGUCUCUCCUGUCCAGGACAAGGGGUCUCUAAUACAGAUGUGGUGUAAUCAGGUAUCCUGGAAAUGGCCCCAGAACAAUGGAUUCACACAUUAAUUCUUAAACCAACUUAAUGCGCAAAUAACUUCCAUGAUGCCAGUACACUGGAUGCCCACUGACAGGAAUCUGAUGGGUACUCAAUUUAAUGAGCUUCAAGAUGACUCAACAGUCCGUUGGAACUACUUUUGAUCAUAGUGGCAGCAGGAUCAGGAGUCAGGGAAGCGUGCCAAGACUACAGGGCUGCCAAGACAGCAAUGUGGGGAAGCCAGGUGGAAGCAGCUCCCCCACCCACGCCACCUAAGAACGGCCCCAAAAGGGCAGGAAUCCAACGGCAUUUGAAGACCCUAAAUGGACUGUAGCCUUCCCCCCUCAGGGUCUUGUCCUGCCACCACUUAGGUGGGUCUGAACUUGGAUGACAGGUGUAUAGUUUAUUUUUCCAUAUCUCAGGGUACUAAGGGCAGCCCUGAGCUCUGUCUUCAAAUGAAGAUGAGCCAGGUCGGGAGGUAAGCAAAGGCCACUCCUGCUCCCUCAGCCUAUGGCUCUGCCUGUGUUUACACCACCUGGGUGUUUAAACAGUGAGAGUUGAUAGUUUGAUUCUCAUGUAUUAUUUUGGCUCUGAGGCCAGCCAGUGGGUUCAGAAGUUUAAAAAAUAAAGUACUUGCACACCAUGAGUAGUAUUUCCAGGUAGGUUCGCUUUACUGAGUUGUUUUACAGCAAUUGUGUUUUAAGUAUUGGCUUUUUCUGCCUACUGUAAACAAAAAUGAAAUCUUACAUUUUCUGGGCAUUCUGGCUAAAUAUUAAAGAUGCACAAGUACUCCGUUUCA